GUACAUAUUAUACCGUGUAUCGAUCGCCAAAAGUGCGCGUCUCAGGUUUGCCGAUGCCAAAAAACUUGAGCUCCGCCAGUCGCUCGCCCGCCUACGCUGUGUAUAGUUGAGAUCGAGAGGAGCUCUUAUCCGCGCUCCAUUUCGCCGAUUUUCGUUGUGAUCGAGUGUGUUGUGUCGCGUGUGUUAUACAACGUUAAAUCGAAAAUAUUCAACUCCGCGCUAUGGGGAUAAGUAUGACCGGGAGCACAAUAGAUCACCCGAUACAUGCGUAUUGGGCGACGAUAAAUUUGAUAACCCAUCACUGUAUCACAUCGUCAAACCCGAGCAAAUGUCUCCAUCCCACAGGAAUGUCGGCCACUUAGCCUUUGUGGUUGUUAACGAUGACGGAAAAGUCGUAAUGGCAUCACUUCAAUGGGGCUGUUAAUAGAACCCUGCAAAUGCGUCGACUCAAGGAAGUGAAAUGGAUGAAUCCAAAGGCGUGCACGAACCAGGCGUACGUGCCAACUUUCGUGGAGCACGUGGCGAACGUCGUGAGCCACGGGAUAUGGAUCGUCCCGGCUUUCCUCGGUGCCCUCGAGCUCAUCGAGCGCGCCUCGACGUGGCCCAAGCUACUCUCCGCCCUCAUCUACGGCACCUCCCUCUCGCUCCUAUUCAUCGUCUCCACCGUCUUCCACGGCAUUCACUACUGCUUCCACAAAGGAAAGUUGACGAGUUUGAAGGACGUAUUGCACCGGUGCGACCGCGCGAUGAUCUACGUGUUCAUAGCGGCCAGUUACUUCCCGUGGCUGAACCACGAGCCGUUCCAAGUUGACGUGUUACUACCCACGACGCGCAUCCUCAUCUGGAUCAUGGCCGCGGUCGGCAUACUCUACCAACAGAUCUUCCACGAGCGCUACAAGUGGCUCGAGACCCUAUUUUACGUCAUCAUGGGCCUCGGGCCCAGCGUCGCCAUAGUCGGCAUCUCCAUGCUUUCGAACGCGUCAGGAGCAGCACGGAUAAUCACCGAGUACGACAACAUAGCCGAACUGAAGCUGGGCGGUCUCGCCUAUCUGGUGGGCAUAGUGUUUUUCAAGGCGGACGGCAGGAUCCCGUGCGCCCACGCAAUCUGGCACCUGUUCGUCGCGGUGGGCGCUGGUUUCCACUACCUGGCGAUACUCCGUCACCUCUACCCGGACUCCGAGGUGCCGAUCUUGAGUUCCGGCGAGCGCCUGCUCGGCUUCUUCGCGACUCGCACCGAGUUUUAGCAUAUAAUAUAUACAUACAUACAUAUAUUAUAAAAUACGUACUACGGCACGACCAUACAUUUUAUUUUUACUAUACGUAUAUAUAUACAUACAUAUACUUAUGUGCCACACGUGCUCGUGUACUGUACUGCGUUUUAUUAUUAUUUGUGUAUGCAUAAUAUACGUCAACGUAAAUCAAUGAUGUAGGUAAUAUUAUAUACUAUAUACAGAUGCCAAAGCCGAGAUGCGUAUAUAAGCAUGGGUCGUUGGAGAGCCGAUGCGUGGGACGUCUCGACGCGUUUUCCGGUUUCUUUUUUUUUUUUUUUCCCCUAACCGCAUUUGAUACGCGAAUAAAGAUUUUCGACUGGAACAAUUAGCUUUGUGGGUGUAUUAUACGUAUACGGAAACGUGAAAUUUAUUUGUACGAUAUUUUCUGACGUCUUCGUGGAGCAGUUGAGACAACCUCGGUCGGCUCUCGAACCCUACGCGGAUCGUUAUACCCUAUAUAGUAACAAUUUUAACAAAAAGCUCGAUAGAAUCGGAAUCUUUUGUACGCCAAAAAUGAUGACGAUAAUAGCUUUUGCACGUAUAUACUUUUACUUCCGUACAUUCCAAGGCAACUUCGUGUCAUCACCUGAAUCAUACUACAAGAGUGGAGUUUAUCGAAAGAAUUGAUUUUUUAAUCAUUUUUUCACGGAUAAUGGUGUGAGUUACUUAAAAAAAAAAAAAAAAGUCUGCUGAACUGAAUCAAAGCUAAUAUCUUUCUGUAAAAAAUGUACAUGUAAAAGUACUUUCUUGUACGUUGUGUAGCUGAUUGUUUGUCACGCAAUAAGAAAAAAUAAUUUUAAAAACUGUUGUGAUACGCAUGAUGGUUGCGACAAACGAUAGCACGAUGAAUUAAUAGUUAAACAGGGAGUGUAUGACGAAUCAUCUAACGAGGAUGAAAAAGGGGAUUUACUUGGAUCUCGUUUUUGUAAAUUCACUUUCUGAAUGAAUGUAGGUGCGACACGAGCAUAUUUUCUUGCAUUCCAAUUUUUUGGAGUUGAGUUUAUUUUUAACAUUAAAUUAUUGUAGCAAUGAUUACUUGUUUGCUCUUUUGAAAAAGGGUGAACUGGUCGUGUACAAAAUCAAAUUUAGUAUAGUGAUUUUUAUGACCAGAAGAGAAAUCGCUAGUGUGAUAGUAUGAUAUUUUAAUAUUUAUUUUAAAAAUACUUAUAAAUAAUUAUCGUUUCUCAUCGACUCAUCGAUCCCCACCCUUCCCUGAAAAUAAUAUUGAAAGUAAAGAUUGGGAAUAAAAACACAAGUAUUUCUAAAUUAAAAUAUAAGU